AUGAGGCUCCUCAGCACCCUCCUCUUCGUGGCCUCCUCACUGUCCGGCCUAACCACAGCAAUCCCUGCAUCACCACCUACGCCCUAUAAGCCCCCAGCCGGUCAUGGCCGCAACCGAGUUUCCAAGCCCGUAGGUCGGCAUUUCGAGAUUGACGGGAAGGUGCAGUACUUCGCAGGCACGAACUGCUGGUGGCUCGGGAACCUGCUUAACGACUUCGAAGUCGAGCUGGCAAUCUCUCAGAUGGCUGAUACCGGCUACAAAGUCGUCCGCACCUGGGGUUUCUUCGGCGUCAACGACCCCACGAACCCAGGCCAGCCUACAUUCUACCAAGUCCUCAACGAGACCUUAUACCCAGAAACAGGGGGACUGGGGAUAAACUACGGUCCAAAUGGAAUCCACCGCCUCGACGUGGUCGUCUCCCUCGCAGAAAAAUACAACCUGCAGCUCGUGCCCACGCUCAUGAACAACUGGAACGACUUCGGCGGGAUAAACAUCUACAGCGCGGCAUUCGGCAGCAACGCAACGACCUUCUACACGGACAAAAAGGCCCAAGCCGCAUAUAGAGCGUACGUCAAGUUCAUCGUGAACCGGUACAAGGACAGCCCCGCGAUAUUCGCCUGGGAACUCGGCAACGAGCCGCGCUGCAAGGGGUGCGACCCGUCCGUCAUCUACAACUGGGCGAAGGAGAUCAGCCGCUACAUCAAGCGGCUUGACAGAAAACACAUGGUGACACUCGGCGACGAGGGCUGGCUGUGUCCGCCGCAGGGCGAUGGGAGCUACGCGUACGACUGCAGCGAGGGCGUUGACUUUGUCAAGAACCUGGAGAUCGACACGCUGGACUACGGGACCUUCCAUCUGUACCCCGAGUCGUGGGGGUACGAGUAUAGCUGGGGGAGCGAGUGGGUGCGGCAGCACGAUGCGAUUGGGAAGAGGGUUGGGAAGCCUGUUGUCUUCGAGGAGUACGGGACGCCGAUUAACCAUACGCAGCUGGAGCGGCCGUGGCAGGUGACGGUUGUGGAGGAGACGCAGGUGGCGGCGGACUUUAUUUGGCAGUUUGGGACGGUGCUGCCGGUUGAGGGGGUCAAGUGGGGGGAUGUCAAUUCGAUUUAUUAUGGGACGGAGGAGUAUGAGGUUCUUGGGUUUGGGCAUGUGGAGGAGAUGGAGAGGAAGAAGGUGCGAAGGCAUUAG